AUGUAUAAGGCUCUACUGCAAACUAAUCUGACAAUAUUCAACAAGGGGCGAGUACCACUGAUAUCUGUUGAUGGACUGCAUCAGUUACACAUCCUCAUAUUCUUUUUAGCUGUCUUUCACGUGAUAUAUAGUGCUGUCACAAUGGCUCUAGGAAGACUCAAGAUUCGUGGUUCGAAGGAUUGGGAGCAGGAGACUUCAUCGCAUCAUUAUGAAUUUUCAAAUGAUCCUACAAGAUUUAGGCUUACUCAUGAAACAUCUUUCGUGAGAGCACACACCAGUUUCUGGACCAGUAUACCGAUCUUCUUUUACAUUGGCUGCUUUGUCAGACAGUUUUUCCACUCCGUCAGUAAAUCUGACUAUUUGACAUUGCGCAAUGGAUUUAUUAGUGUUCAUUUAGCUCCUGGAAGUAAAUUUAACUUUCAAAAGUACAUAAAGAGGUCAUUAGAGGAUGAUUUCAAGACUGUGGUGGGAGUCAGUCCAGUGUUAUGGGCGUCUUUUGUGGUUUUCUUGCUCUUAAAUGUCAGUGGUUGGAAAGCCUUGUUCUGGGCAUCCCUAAUUCCUGUGGUUAUAAUCUUAGCAGUUGGGACAACUUCAUAUUACUCAACUGGGAAGAGUCUCCCACAAAAUGGAAAAACUCUGGACUGUGGACUGGGAUGGCAGCAGUCUGUUCUUAAAGCAAACAAAGAAACAUGCAUGAAGGAACCUUACCAACCAUGUUGCAAAAGGAAAAUGAUCAAAUAA